GAACCUGCUAUUGUCCACAAGUGGAGAAAUUGGCAGAGUGAAAUGCUAGAACAGCUCAGUCGAAGAGAGAAUGUGAUUGUUGGAGGAGAUAUGAGGGCUGACUCCCCAGGUCACUCGGCCAAGUAUGGGAGUUAUACAAUGAUGGACCUUGCAACUAACACAGUGGUCGACCUACAGUUAGUCCAGAGUAAUGAGGUGGGUGGCAGUUACCAUAUGGAAAAAGAAGGCCUAAAGAGAAGCCUUGACCUGUUGGAUGCCCGCGGUGUUCGUCUGGAAUGCAUCAUCACAGACCGACAUCCUCAAAUACAGAAAUAUCUCAGGGAUCGAAAUGUCACUCAGUUUUACGAUGUGUGGCAUAUCGAGAAAGGAAUUUCCAAAAAACUGGACAAGAUAUGCCAGAUAAAGGGGUGUGAGAAGUUGCGUAAAUGGUUACGUAGCAUCAAAAACCACAUCUACUGGACUGCUGCAUCAUCCACAACAGGUCCUGAAAGAGUGGCAAAGUGGACCUCUAUCUUAAACCAUGUACAAGACAAACAUGUACAUGAAGACCCCAAUUUUCCGGCUUGUCUGCAUCCGCAACGGAUAAGCAGAGACAAGAACAAAUGGCUGUCGGCUGCAACGAUGCCAUUCUACAAGCUGGAGAAAGUUCUCGCUAACAAGAGAAUAUUGAAGGAUGUGGCCAAGCUAAGUCCUCACCACCAGACGUCAACUGUUGAAGCUUUCCACAGCGUCAUACUGCGGUUUGCACCCAAAAAUGUGGUAUUCCCUUUUCUGGGGAUGCUAUGCAGGUUGUACUUGGCUGCACUUCAUUACAAUGAAAAUGCCGGGCGUCCCCAGGCCACAUCAGCAACUGGUAAACCUAUUUACAAGCUUGCCUUUCCAAAGGCAAAGAAAGGAGAGUAUAGGGUCCGAGAAGUGAAGACACAGCAAACUUUCAGUAUGAAUCUUCAGCACCACACAGGCAGGAAUCACAACACGGACUCUCCGCCCGAGGAAACCCCAACACCAGCUCACAAAGCUCCGAUAAGCCAAAAAGCGGCACUGUCUAACAGAGACAUAAUAAUGAAACAUUGUUUUAGAAAUUGCACUACAAUUUGA